AUGGCACCCUAUGAAGGUGUUGACAUCCAAAAGAUUCAACAGCAGUUGCAGAUUUUGGUAGAUCGGCAUCGCAAAUAUGUGGACCGACGCAGAAUACCCAUGGAAUUUGAAGUGGGAGAUAAGGAUCUUUUGAAGAUCGCCCCACUAAAAGCAGUUAUGCAAUUCGAUAAGAAGGGGAAGCUCAGUCCAAGGAAGUAUGCCGAAGACCCCAGCCAUGUACUUAGCUACUAUCAUCUAGAUGUGGAUCCAAAGAUAUGUUAUGAGGAGAAGCCAGUAAAAAAUUUGGAUCGAAAAGAUAAGGAGCUACGUAACAAAACUAUACCAAGAUGUGAGAAAUCUGAGUUUAUGGGUUGUAAAUUGGUUUUAGCUUAG